AAUCAUAAGUUUUUGGAAAGUCAAGUUAUUACAAUAGUGAAUACUCAUUUUUAUAAUUUUUUCUUAAUAGAAGGUUAAAUUAUUUAAUAAUACUGGAAUAAUCAAAUGUAAUUUUAUUUCAUUAAGCUAUUAGAAGUUCUUUUAAUUAACUAAGAUGACUGAAGAAGAUUUAACUAUUUUGGCAGCGACUAAUAAUAAUGGAGUCGUUAGUACUUCCGAAAAUAAUGCACAACAACAGCAACAGGAUCAGCAGCAACAACCUGUUAGCAAAUUAGAAUCAUUUUUCGCAAUUACCAAAUCUUUAAUUUUAAGGGCUUUAAUAAUUUAUUUCAUUUCAUCAUUUUUCCGUCGUCCUGCCAAUCAAGACGCAAAUCAAACUGUUUCGACAGCAGGCGGACAAGCGAACAUUCAAAAAACAGUCGCGUGGAAUUAUUUUGAAAAUGGAACAAUUUUUGAUUUUUAUGUGUACGUAUCAGAGAAUAGUAAUUACGUGGACUUUAAAAAUCCUAAUAGUUUAAUAUGGGAAAAAGAUGAUUUAGUUUAUGGUGAUUGGUAUGGUGGAUUGAAUGGAGAUGGUACAUAUUCACAUUCAACUAAAAUUUUAGCUAGCAAACGGUUAAUGAACAAUGGGUCGUUAUAUUUACAUGCGUAUGUGGUAAAAAGCGGUCGUUCUCCUGAUCCAGCUUCUCCACAUUACGCCAAAGAAUAUCUAUCUCAAACUCAUCGUAUGUUGAGUAAAUAUAAAAAAAUUAAAUCAAAACGUAACUAUAAUUUGAUAACUGGGGGACAAGAAGAAAUCGAAGAAGUACAAAAGAAUUUAAAUAAAAAAGACACUAUUUUAACACAUUGGCAUCCAAAUAUAACUGUGAAUCUAGUAGUUGAUCAAACAAAUUGGGCAAAAGGUUCAAUACCGCAGCCACUAGAUGAAUAUGUUGAAUUUGUAGAUAAUGGGCGCACAUAUUUGCCAAUUGUUUUUGUGAACGAUUAUUGGAAUAUGUUACGAGAUUAUCAACCAGUGAAUGAAACUACUCAAGAAUUAGAUUUAACAGUAACAUUUCAACCAUUGAGCAUGUUUAAGUGGCAGCUAUAUGCUGCUCAGGCUAUGAGAAAUAAAUGGAACGGAAAUUUAUUUGGGGAUUUAAUGACUGGUGGACUUGAAGAAUCCGAUGAAGAUCAAGAUUCUAUUAAAGAAACUUUACUGGAAACUAACCCAUACUUAUUAGGUUUAACUAUAAUUGUUUCGAUAUUACAUUCCGUUUUUGAACUUUUAGCUUUUAAAAAUGAUAUUCAAUUUUGGAAUAAUCGCAAAUCUUUAGAAGGCUUAUCAGUGCGAUCUGUUUUCUUUGGAGUAUUCCAAUCUUUGAUUGUUUUACUAUAUGUGUUAGAUAAUGAAACAAAUAUAAUGAUUCGGAUAUCAUGUUUUGUUGGAUUAGGAAUCGAAGUAUGGAAAAUUCAAAAAGUAACCGAUAUUAAAUAUGAUCGAGAAAGAAAAAUUUUCGGAUUUUUACCAAGAAUUGAGUUUAACGAUAAAGGAUCUUAUGUUGAAUCAUCUACAAAACAAUAUGACAAAUUGGCAUUUAAAUAUUUAGGUUGGGUAUGUUUUCCAUUAUUAAUUGGAUAUUCUAUAUAUUCACUAAUAUAUAAUGAGCAUAAAGGAUGGUAUUCAUUUAUUUUAAACAUGCUAUAUGGUUAUUUAUUAACGUUUGGUUUUAUAAUGAUGACGCCGCAAUUAUUUAUUAAUUAUAAAUUAAAAUCUGUUGCACAUUUACCAUGGCGUAUGAUGACAUAUAAAUUUUUGAAUACAUUUAUUGAUGAUAUAUUUGCAUUCGUAAUUAAGAUGCCUACAAUGUACAGAUUGGGCUGUUUCCGUGAUGAUAUAGUUUUCUUCAUAUUUUUAUAUCAAAGAUGGAUUUAUAAAGUAGAUCACAAACGUAUUAAUGAAUUUGGAUUUUCUGGAGAAAUGAUUGACAACAAAGAUAACAAAGCUAUUGAAAAUAGUAAUGUAAGUAAUACAGAGAAAUCAGAAGAAGAAGAAAUUAAAACAAAAGAAUCGAAAAAGAAAGACUGAAAAGUUGCUUUUGGUAGUUUUUUUCCGAAGUUUUAUCGAUUCGUGUUUUCAAAAAAUACAACAUAUAGAAUUUGUUAGAUAUAAAUAAAAAUAAUAAAUUAAGUUUGUUUCUCAAUUUGAAAUUAUAAGAAAACAUAAAAGAUAUAAGAUCUUUCAUAAAAUUUCAAUAGGAACAUUAAUGAUAAUAUUACUUUGUUAAAUUGUUUCGUUAAAAACUCGUAAUAUUUUGUAGAUAAUUAAAUAAUAAUUAUAAUAGAGGACUAGUAAAUUUGUUUUCCAAAAUCACCUAUCGUAAAAUCCAUAAAUUUAAAUUGCUUUUAGUGAAAGUUUAUAAUAAAAUAAAAUACAUAAAUAUUGUAUGUCUGUGUAUAAGAAAUAAUUUGUGAAUAAAACCAAAAAUAUAGUUCUUUAUAUUUUUUAUUUUAAAAAAACUUUAAAAACUAAUUUAUAGAAUUAAAAUGUACCUUUUUGAAAAUUUCCAUUUUUUUUUUUUGUAAAUUAAAUGUCUAAAUUAGGUUUUAGUUUAAAAUACACAUUAAUAUGAAAUGUACAAUUAAUAAAUAAUAAUUGUAUAGAUAUAAAUAA